AUUUCAGUCAACAUGUAUGAUGACCCAUCAGGCCUUAUCGCCGCAAGCGUGAUCUUGUGGCUGUUGACUGUGCUGUGCGUCGCUUUGAGGUUUAGCCUCAAACUGCAUGAAAGACAGCCAUUACGCGUGAGCGACUGGUUGAUUCUAGCUAGCUGGCUCUUUGGAACAGGCUUGACAGUGUUGGAGAUAUAUGGCAUCGCCAUCAAGUCGCUUGGAUACCGAAUUGGCGCAACCCUUAUAGAUCCAGCAUCUGUAACCGGACAGCUUAAUAAAGCUAAACAUAUUCAGCUUGCCUUUCUGUUAUUAGGCAUUACUGCUCUGGGAUUGAUCAAACUAUCAGUCUGCUUUCUCUAUUGGCAACUGUUUGCUCAGAUCUCGAGCAGAACAGUGCUCCGCCGCUUCCUCAUUGUUUGGAUGGUUGUCAUUACGGCUUGGGCAACUUCUUUCGUACUAGCAGGGCUUUUGGAAUGUGGUUCCCACCUUUCAGCAGUAUUUGGCACGCCGACCGAAUACUUGGAACAUUGUGGUGGAGCAGUGUCCAGUGGAUAUGCCAUGGUAGGAACUGAUAUCGCGACUGACUUCAUCACCCUUAUUAUUCCUAUUCCAAUCAUCCUUGGGUUGCAUAUGGACAUGCAUCGAAAACUCCUAACUCUUUCAGCAUUUCUCAUUGGCGCACUGUCCGUGGGUGCGUCAGUAGCUAAAGGAUAUAUCUACAUUCAGUCAAGUCUGGGUCAAUACACAGAGGAUGGCUUGCUUAUCCUUACAGGUCUAUCGAUCUGGAAUUUGGCCGAGGUGCAAGUCGGUAUCAUUGCUGCUUGUGGACCACUGCUUCGACCUUUUAUUUCUCGACUCUUUACCAUGCCUUCAUUCAUCUCUUCUAGAGUGCGCUCUACUUCCAAGAUGAUCGACUCUAAGGAGUCAAGAGACUCGCGGCGCUUCCAGCAGAUAGCCGAAAGCGAGGUGGAAUUAGCGAUACGAGACAGAAGCAUGUCUCAAGCUCCCAGCGAUCGUAGCAGAUUGGACACAUACGGGCUUGGUGCAAGGUACAAGAGCGUAUCUAGUCAUCUCGCCCCAGCUCAGCCUUGA